GCAGUGCCAGUCGGUGAGAGGAGCCGAGCGGGACCGGCCCGGGCAGAGCGAUGCGCGGCUGCAGCGAUGGCCAAAUGGUUCAAGGAGCACCUGGGCUUCAGGAGCAGCAAGGGGCCCCCGCAGCCCCCGAAACCCGACUACCGGGCACGGCCGGCCGGAGAGCCCGACAUCCUGGCCGCCUACAAGCUGCAGAAGGAGCGGGACUUCGAGGAUCCUUACACCGGCGGCGGCGGCGGUGGUGGUGGUGGCUCCCGGUGUCUGCAGCGGCUCCGCUCCGAGGGGGAGGCGGCCGGCGGCGCUCCCGCUCCCGCUCCGGGAGGCACCGGCACCGGCAGCGGCUCCUCUCCACAUCCCCAUCCGGCCAAGAAAGCAGCUUCCCCCGAUGUCAAAUACAUCUCCCCGAAACACCGGCUCAUCAAAGUGGAAAACCCAGAGAGAAGCUGCAGCAAGUCACCAACAUCUCCCGACGACAGCAAACAGGGCAAGGUUAUUAUUCUCGAAGAUUAUGCAGAUCCAUUCGAUGCUAAACAGGCUGGUGUGGCCCAGGUUGGACAAGAGAAAGUGACCGAGAAUGAUGGCUACAUGGAACCUUAUGAAGCCCAAAAAAUGAUGGCAGAGAUACGACGGAGGGGAUCGAAGGAGGCACCCGGCAAACAGCUGCCGCUCUACGACACGCCCUACGAACCCACGGAGAACGGCGGAGAGUCCGACAUGGAGAAGGCGGUUUCCCACCGGCCCCGCGAGAGUCGCCUCCCAGAGGACGAUGAGCGGCCGCCGGGAGAAUACGACCAGCCCUGGGAAUGGAAGAAGGAUCGAAUCUCGAAGGCGUUUGCAGUAGAGAUUAAGGUAAUAAAAGAGCUGCCCUGGCCUCCACCAGUAGGACAACUGGACAGCGGGACGCCAAAAGCUGAAGGGGACCUCCUGGUUUCUCACUGCCACCUCCUGCAUCAGCAUCACCACCUACACUCACAGCCCGUGCAGCCGCAACCUGUUCCUGAAGACAGCAGUGUUCAGUUUGAUGGUGUUGACAAGAGUCGCUUCUCCCCACCCAAGGAAGAGAAAGUGCGGCACCAGAACAGGCUGUCGGGGCCCAACCUCAAAUCUCUAAAACAUCAAAGUCUUGAGUUCAGUGGACCGCUGGGUGAAAGGGUGGAACCAAACCUGUCACUCGGGAGACAAACCUGGUACCACGGAGCCAUCAGUCGGACAGAUGCCGAGAAUCUCUUGCGGCUGUGUAAGGAGUCCAGUUACCUGGUCCGAAACAGCGAGACCACCAAGAACGACUACUCGCUCUCGCUGAAGAGUAACCAGGGAUUCAUGCACAUGAAACUCACCCGAACCAAAGAGAGUAAAUACGUCUUGGGUCUGAACAGCCCUCCAUUCGACAGCGUACCCGAAAUAAUCCAUUACUACAGCAGCCGCAAGCUGCCCAUCAAAGGAGCUGAGCACAUGUCUCUCCUGUACCCAGUGGCUAUCAGAACGCUAUAGCGAUCGGAGGUCGUUUGAACAAGCCUCACAGAUCUGAUUUGUGCACAGAUUCUUUUUAUAGGCACACUCACUGACAGGCAACCCAGGGAUGGCAGCCUUUGACCUUCAGCCAGUGACGCUCCGUGUGCAUGCCGAGAGUGACCAGGAGCCCAGCUUCAGAGUUUGGCUUCUGGGGUUUCCUGCCAGCCCAACACCCACUCAUCUUCCUCUGGGAGACCAUUGGUUACAGCAAACUCAAGGCCACCAUUCCCACCUGGGGUUCCAGGAUUUGGCCGGUGACUUAUGGACUUAUAAAUGCUGAAACUUCUUGAAAUUCUGGAAUGUUGUAGGAAUCUUUAUCUAAUGUAUAUUUAUGAGGAGUUUUUUUCCAGUUAAGUUUUACAGGCAGAUUUGAACGUGUAAGGUCUGUUUCGGCUUGGGUGUGAGGGGAGAAAGCUGCUCCUGAUUUAGUAACUAAAUUAACAAACUGACUCAGACAAAAGAUUAAAUAAUGACGCACUAGUGCAAUAGGAGCUGAUCUUGUAGGAAUGGGGACAGUGAAGAGGGAGCUUUACUCUGUAUCUAACCCUAUGCUGUACAUGCCCUGGGAGUGUUUGAUGGGGACAGUGUAGAGGGAGCUUUACUCUGUAUCUAACCCCGUGCUGUACUUGUCCUGGGAGUGUUUGAUGGGGACAGUGUAGAGGGAGCUUUACUCUGUAUCUAACCCCGUGCUGUACCUGCCCUGGGAGUGUUUGAUGGGAUAUUAGGUGCCUGAAAUAAAAAAAGUUACCUUCUCCAGCUGUUUGACAAACAGAAAUGAAGAGCAGAUAAAGGAAAUUAAUCGUGACCAUGGUGGUAUUUGAUAUUUGACUUUGUCCUUCACAGUCUCAUUCCUGAGUCCACCCACUCUCAAAAAAAUUUACAAAACUUUACUCCUCAAAUUUAAUCGGAGCAGGAACGUGAAGGGUUUGGUACAUUUAGGGAAGAAAGAAUUCUUUGAUGAAAACCCAGUGUUGAGUUGUGUUCAGGGAACAUAUUCAGCGAAAGGAGCAUGGAAUCAGGGUAGAGAUUUACUGAUAGUAAUGUCAGGAGAUGCACCCAGAAUCUCUCCAUACUAAUUUAGUGGAAUCGUAUAUUUUAAAUGGGGAACUAAGCAAUGUCUUAAUUGCUAACACAUUUAGCUUUUGUCUGUCAAAAUCACCAAGUUAUUUCUACAUUCCCCAACUCCGGCCAUGAUUUGAAGGUACCAGUUUGCUCUAGUCCUUAUGUGAUUUACCACCUGUUUAUGCACUCCAUUCCUUUAUAAGUUGCACAGUAGUUACAGCUCAGAAACAGCCCAACUAGCCCAUGCAGUGUUUUUGCUCCACACGGACAUCGUCUCACCCUACUACAUAUCCUUCUGUUCCUUAUUCCCUCUCAUUUAUCCAGCUUCCCCUUAAAUGCAUCUAUGGUAUUCCCUGCAACCACUCCCUGUGGGAGCGAGUUCCACAUCCCCACCACUCUCUGGGAAAUGACGUGUCUCCUGAAUUCCUGAAUGGAUUUAUUAGUGACUGUCUUAUAUUGAUGGACUCUGAUUCUGAUCUCCCCCGCAAUUGGAAACAUCUCUAUAUCCACCCUUUCAUAAUUUAAAGACCUCGCUCAGUGCACCCCUUAUUUGUAGUGAAAAGGGUCCCAGCCUGCCCAAUCGUUCCUGAUAAGUUCAGUAAUGGACAACACUGGACCACAAAGAGGUGAAAGCCUUCAGGUAACCCCCUGCAACAGAACAGCUUUUAAUUUAAGCCCCACCUUUAUUGGUAGAGGCAGAGUAGUGGUUAUGUUCAUGGACUGGUAACCAUGUGGCCUGAGCUGAUGAUCCAGAGAAUGCGAGUUCAAAUCCCACCCGUGGGGAGCUUGAGAAUUUUAAAAUAGCUUGUGUCGGUAAAGUAACCAUAAAGCUGUUGGAUUGUAAAAAAAACCUGCCUAGUUCCCUGAUAUCCUUUAAGGAAGGAAAUCUGCCGUCCUUAGCUAGUUUGAGCCUGUGUGACUCCAGGUCCACAGCAAAGCCGAUGUCUCUUAACUGCCUUCGGAAGUGGGCACUCAAUUCUAUCAAAUCAUUAUUGAGCAUCUCGUGUUAGGCCAAAGAUGUCAGCCUUGCCUGCACAUGCAAAGUAAAAGCAAAAGCUCCUGAUCGAUCACCUGUCAUCAGGCUUCCUACUGAGGCCUCAGUGCUGAGCCUGUAGCUUGCAUUUUAAUCUAGUGAUCUGUUGGAUGAAGUUGUGUAGUUAUGGACAGGAGGGUCCUCACACCCAAAGAUUGGACCCUUGGAUGGCUGAGGUCUUAGGGUCUAUGACACCAUGUUCCAGUUAGCCCUUUUCCUAAGAGGAGAGGAAGGAACCAAGAGGGGAAAGGGAGUGGUUGCAUCUCGCCAUCAGAUUACAAAACCCUAGGAGUUAAAAACUCAAUGCUGCUUGAAGCUUGCAAAAUGGGGCAACUUGUUUAGGAAGAACAUGAGGAUGAUUCCUUAAAAGGGUGAACGACACUGUGGCGUCCCUUUUGGUACACGUUAUUUAUUAAAAAUAGUAACUGAUCUGCAGGAAAUGUGGUUUCUGAAACGAUGCGUCUAUAGAAAUAAAAUUUUCGAUACUUGUUUAAGAUGAUCUCACCUUUGGUUCUGGGACCU